AUGGUAGAUAUCACCCAGGAGCCAGUUUUGGAUUCCAUGUUAGAAGAGAGCAUGCCUGAGGAUCAGGAACCUGUGUCAGCCUCAACACACAUUGCGUCUUCACUGGGAAUUAAUCCACAUGUUUUACAGAUCAUGAAAGCAUCAUUGCUUGCUGAUGAAGAAGAUGUAGACAUGGCCCUGGAUCAACACUUCAGCCACCUUCCUUCCAAAGCAGAUACUUCUCAAGAAAUCUGUUCUCCCAGGCUCCCUAUUUCAGCAUCCCACUCAAAGAAGUCCCGUUCACUAGUUGGUGGGUUACUACAAUCAAAAUUUACAAGUGGAACUUUUCUUUCACCAAGUGCCUUUGUGCAAGAAUGUCGUACUCCUAGAGCAUCAUCUCUAAUGAAUAUCCCAUCCACAUCCCCCUGUUUAACUGAGUCCCCAUUCAAAGUUCACUUGGAAAAACUCAGUUUGAGACAAAAAAAACUGAAUGAGGACCUGCCAUUAUACCAGACACCUCUAGAGCUCAACUUAAAACAUAGCACUGUCCAUGUUGAUGAGCUAUGUCCUCUUAUUGUCCCCAAUCCGGGAGUUGCUGUCAUUCAUGACUAUGCAGAGUGGGCUAAGGAAGCAUCAGGAGACUUACUGGAAGCACAGAUUGUGAAGCACUGGAGCCUGACUUGGACGUUAUGUGAAGCCCUGUGGGGCCACUUGAAGGAGCUUGAGAGCCAGCUGGAUGAGCCCAGUGAAUACAUUCAGAUUGUAGAGCGUCGAAGAGCUUUCUCCCGCUGGCUCUCCCAUACUGCUGCACCUCAGAUUGAGGAAGAAGUCUCCUUAACACGAAAAGACAAUCCUGUGGAGGCUGUUUUCAGCUACCUCACAGGCAAGAGGAUCAGUGAAGCCUGCUGUCUGGCUCAGCAGUCAGGUGAUCAUCGUCUUGCCCUUCUUUUGUCCCAGCUGGUGGGUAGCCAGUCAGUCCGGGAGCUGCUAACCAUGCAGCUGGCAGAUUGGCAUCAGCUCCAGGCCGACUCCUUCAUCCAUGAUGAGAGACUGCGCAUCUUUGCCCUGUUAGCUGGAAAACCGGUGUGGCAACUCUCAGAGCAAAAGCAAAUCAAUGUGUGCUCUCACCUGGAUUGGAAACGCUCUCUGGCUAUCCAUCUUUGGUAUCUUCUUCCACCCACAGCUUCCAUUUCCAGAGCACUGAGCAUGUAUGAAGAAGCAUUUCAGAAUACCUCUGAGGGUGACAGAUACGCCUGUUCCCCACUUCCUUCAUACCUAGAGGGCUCUGGCUAUAUGAUAGAAGAGGAACAAGAUUCACGGAGACCACUUCGAGAUGUCUGCUUUCACCUUCUGAAACUUUACAGUGACAGACAUUAUGACCUCAACCAGCUGCUAGAACCUCGAAGCAUAACAGCAGAUCCCUUGGACUACCGCCUAAGCUGGCAUUUGUGGGAGGUGCUGCGUGCUCUUAACUACACCCAUCUCUCCGAGCAGUGUGACGGUGUGCUACAGGCCAGCUAUGCUGGUCAAUUGGAGAGCGAGGGCCUCUGGGAGUGGGCCAUCUUUGUUCUGCUGCACAUUGCCAACUCAAGCAUGCGUGAGAAGGCUGUCCGAGAGCUGCUCACCCGGCACUGCCAGCUGUCAGAGACACCGGAGUCUUGGGCUAAGGAGACUUUCCUGACUCAGAAGCUUUGUGUGCCUGCUGAGUGGAUCCAUGAAGCCAAAGCAGUGCGAGCACGCAUGGAAUCUAACAAGCACUUGGAAGCUCUCUAUUUAUUUAAAGCUGGACACUGGAACUGCUGCCACAAACUUGUCAUCCGACACUUAGCUUCUGAUGCCAUCAUUAAUGAGAACUAUGACUACCUGAAGGGGUUCUUGGAAGACCUAGCACCUCCAGAGCGCAGCAGUCUAAUUCAAGACUGGGAUACAUCUGGGCUUGUUUACCUGGACUAUAUUCGGGUCAUUGAAAUGCUCCACCGUAUCCAGCAGGUGGAUUGCUCAGGUUAUGAGAUGGAGCAGUUACAUACCAAAGUGACCUCACUGUGCAACCGGAUAGAGCAGAUUCAGUGUUAUAGUGCCAAGGACCGCCUGGCUCAGUCAGACAUGGCUAAACGUAUAGCAAACCUGUUACGGGUGGUACUGAGCCUCCAACAUGCCCCUGAUGCAACCACUGACUCUUCACCAGACCCUCAGCGAGUCCCUUUGCGUCUGCUGGCUCCACACAUCGGCAGGCUCCCCAUGCCUGAGGACUAUGCCUUGGAAGAAUUGCGCAGCCUCACACAGUCCUACCUACGAGAACUGACCGUUGGGAGCCAGUGA